GCAUUAUCUACGGACUACGUAACAGAGGUAAACUCAACUGAUUCAUUAUAUACUACUGAUUCAAUGCAUGAAAUUUGGGUCAAGUGAUCAUUUAGUUUCAGUCUCUGAUGAAGAGCAUUGCCUUGGAAUACAGGGGAGCAUGAUUGAGCAAUUCACUCUCUUACAUAUUUUCUGUGAACCACUCCUUCACACGAUCUCCCGCUUAUUAAGGUUCAAAUAUUUCCCUCAGUAUUGCUACAGUAAGUAGAGGCUAAAAAGCAGCGCAAUGAAGGAUUCACUGUACAGGACCGUCGGGUACUGACUUAU